GGUCUUGUUGGGCCGAGGAAAAUUCCGCCCCACCCCCAGCUACCAGAACCCCAGUCUUUCUUACCCGGGUCCCAGAGGCCCAGGAUCCCGCUCCGACCUUUACAGCCUCCGCUGGCCUCCCCAGAGACAUCUCUUACGAACCCUACAAACACCAUCACAAACUCAAAUACCCACAGAUGCACCCCAUAUAUGUCCUCGAACCCAACUCUCAAAGAGAUUCUUGGAAAAAAAAAAAAAAACCUUUAAAGAUAUUGAACCAUCUAGGUUCACCCUCUCAGGAGACCUCUUCUAUCCAAGUAGCUGCUGUUGCCUCGGAGACUGCUGGGCGUUCUGGUUACCCUGGUGACACAGCCCUCAAUUACCAGCUCCAGAUUCUAGAAGCAUCAGUCAAUACCAGCCUCAGAUUCUAGAAGCAUCAGUCAAGUCCUUCCCUUGUUCUCCUUUAUCCCUCUGCCUCCCACCCUCCCACCCUUAUACAGGCCAGGCUGUAGGACCCCAGCAGGUUUCUACAAGUAUCCAAGUUUCCUUCCCAAGUCCAAGGCUAGCAGACCAGGCCUCUCACCACACAGCACCUGCAGCCAGAGCUACUCCACAGCCAAAGGCCUUCCCCUCCCUCAGAGCUAACACUUGCCCUUCCCAAUUUCAGGCAAGAGCUUCACCUAAGGACUAAGAGCCAAGUCAAAACUCAGAGAUGGAAGCAAAUGAAGUCACAGAAGAACUUCCUACCACCAUGGACACAGAGAACAUCCCUCCAAAGGACCCCUCAGCUGAGGACCCACAGGAGCUCCCUACUGAGAAUCUCUCGGAGCCUCCUAUCUCUGAGGCUCCUUUAGAGGCCGUUUCUGAAUCUCACAUAGUGUCCUCCACUUUCCAGGAACCUUUAGCAACCCACACCUCUGAAACCCCGGUGGAACCUGUCAUCUCUGAGACCCCUUUAGAACCUCCUGCCUCUGAAUCCCCUAUGGUGUCAACCAGUUCUGAGACACCUUUAGAGGCCCACCCCUCUGAAACCUUGGAACCUUUCAGCUCCGAGUCCCCUUUGGAACACCCUAUUCCUCAGUCCCCUUUGGAAACUCAUAUUUCUGAGACCCCAGAGGAAGACCCUCUUAUUCAGAGUUCAUUACCAGGCCAUGUUUCUGUGUCUUCCUCAGAUGCUCCCAAAGAAGACUUCCCUGAGUCUUCCACUAGUGGAGCCUUAUGGACAAAAAGAUCCAUCCAGUUCUCUGAAGCUGAGCCCAUUCAAAAGCACUUCCUUUCAGGGCUUUCACCUCCAGCCCAUCUGUACACAUCAUCAAAGCAAAAAAAAGGAGAGGAUGAAGAGGGGGUAGAUGACAUGGACAGAACUGCUUAUACAACUCAGCCUGGGCACCAGCUGGGCAAGAAGAAGGGGAAAAAAGGAGUUGGCCGUAACACAGUCCACACAGUGGUCCCUGCUGACCAGGCAGAAGUGGUAGACAUGAUUAAGGCAAGGCACAGAGAGGAGGGUGGUGCUCAGGUGAAUCUUUUCCAGUGGGAGAAGACUCCAACCCUGAAUGCCAUGCAGACAGGCCUCUACAUUGGUUGGCGCUGCCCCCACUAUCUAUGGGACUGUUUCCAAAUCAGAGAUGACUCCAAGUGUUUUUGUGGACACUUGCUGAAAGAGCACAAGAUCAUCUCAGAUCUAGCUGUGCCCUGCAAGGUGAGCCAAUGUCACUGCCACAUGUUCUGCUUUAUCCCAUCACGCCCAGAAGAGGUGGGGGAGUUCUGGCUCAAGAGACGGACCACCUUUGAUCCCAAGUCCUGGAGGGCCCUGUGUCGCUGUAAACAUAGCCACGAAGACCACGCAGCUGCUGGGUCCCAUGCCUGCAGAGUCAAAGACUGUUGCUGCAGCUGUUUUGAGUCAAAUUUCCUCUGUGCUGCCUGUGACCGACGCUGGGAGGAACAUGAGACUUUCUUUGAGACAGAGGAGACCCGGCGUCGAGGAGGGCGACCUCAUGGGACAGACACUGUCAAUACCUGGCACAAACCUUUGUGAGCUUGAUCCAGAGGACCAAUAAAAGAAAAACACUGAAA